UAUGCAUUGCAAGGUGUGUUUCCAUCAUUAGGAGGAGCGUUGGUCGGCAGACUCAAAGCGUAGAAGAACACAAACGCACACACACACACAAAUUAAGUGUUAUACUACAUCACUGCCAUGGUGUUCAGAAUUCUGCUAAUACUUUGCCUGGGCUGCCUCUCAGGUGCUUCUGACAGUGGCAUAGUGGAAGGUACUGAGUCCAAGCCGCACUCCAGACCAUACAUGGUAUCGUUGGAGCAGGAAGGACAACAUCACUGUGGGGGAGCACUUGUCCGGAAGGACUUUGUGCUCACCUCAGCACAUUGCAACAAAUUGGGUCUGACUGCUGUGCUCGGAGCCCACAACAUUAAAAAGGAGGAGAAAAGUCAACAAAGGAUCCAAGUGGCUAGGUACCACGUGCAUCCAAAUUAUAAGGAUGGACUCUUUGGCUUCGACGUCAUGCUUCUCAAGUUAAAGACAAACAGCAUACUGAAUAAGUAUGUUAAGCCCAUUGGACUACCCAAAAAAGAUAAAAGAAUCCUUGCCAACAUCAAGUGCUCUGUAGCUGGCUGGGGCAUGCGUUUCCCCAGUACAGCAGCCUCGGAUGUCCUGAGGGAGACCGCAGUGAAGACGCGAUUCGUCAAUGAGUGCAAGAAUAUUUGGCUUGAUUCCUUCAACUCCAGCCAAAUGAUAUGCACCCAUUCUUCAGGCAAGAAGGGGGGAAUCUGUCAGGGUGAUUCCGGUGGCCCAUUGAUAUGCGGAAGAGAUGCUCAGGGCAUAGCUGCUUACACUCAUCGGGUUAAAUGUGACGACCCCACGUAUCCACAUGUCUUCAUGAAGAUCCCAUCCUUUGUGCAGUGGAUUAAGGAGGUGAUGAAAAAGAGGGACUAGGUCACCCACCUUAACCUUUUGAGAAAUAUCCCAGCAUUACUUUUUGUUUCCGUAAUUAUUAUAGUGGGAAAAUUCAAUUGUUCAUUGACUUUCUUUUAAUUUUACCACUUUUACUGAAUUGUGUGGAUUUGAUGACCCCAAGUAUCCACGUUUGUAUGAGUAACAGCUACUUUAUACCCUGUAUUAAGGAUUUGAACAUUCAUAAAAGGCACUAGGUUACCCAUAGAAAGAGCAGUACAGUUUAACUGGACAGCCUAAAAUGGCCACUAGGCUACUGAUUGGUCUACAUUGAUAACAAGCUACUGUGACUAGGAAGGACCUCACCUGACUACUUCAUGGGGUCUCUGAGGCCUUUGUGAUCUCUGUGUGGAAACUCUUUCAGACGGUGCAUAUUAGGUUGAUUAUAUAUGAGGCCAAAUAAAAACAAUACAAAUUGAGUCAUUCUACAAUUGUAAUAAAAACACAAUCAAAUAAGACAA